GUGCCCUCGCUGCAGAACGAGGACAAGAAAGCAGACCAAGGCAGCCUGGAGGACCUCUCCAAGGAGAAGGGCGUCGAGGAGCCAGACCGCGUGCAGCAAAAGUCUCCGCAGCCUUCCGAGCCUGUCAGCAUUCAGCGGAGGUCUCCUCUCAUCAGGAACCGGAAGACGGGAUCCAUGGAGGUGCUAUCUGAAUCUUCUUCCAAAUCAGGAGGUUAUCGCCUCUUCAGCACUUACUCCAGGCAGUCUUCUGAGAUGAAGCAAAGUGGCUUAGGGUCACAAUGCACCGGCCUGUUUAGCACCACUGUGCUGGGAGGCUCCUCCAGUGCCCCCAACCUCCAGGACUACGCUCGCAGCCAUGGCAAAAAGUUUGCCAGCAGCCUGACAUACAAAGACGAUGCGUUUGAGCACCAGCACGUUGCCCAGUUGCUGCGCCGUUUUUCCUCUGACUAUGCCACGAGCCGGAACAUCUCCCUGGAUGCCACUCUAGCCCAUCACCUCCAGCACUGCUCCUACCACCUGCGCCUCUUCAGGAGCUGGCUGAUCUCAGGGCAGGAUGACUUGGAGUGUCUUUACGGUUUUGAAGGCUGUUCCAUGGUUCCCACCAUUUAUCCCCUGGAGACCCUGCACAACUCCCUCUCUUUGCGACAGGUCAACGAGUUCCUGACAGCUGUGUGCAGGAGUUGCAGCGAAUCGCAUGUCCAGUCUACUGCAGCUUUGUUUGAUUCAAUGAUUGGCAGCCAGAUACCAGGAGACCCUUUUAUGUCCCAGCGAAUCCUGUCAUCAUCCUCUUUGCCGUUGCGCCAGCGUUCGGAUAAACCCCCUUGGUACAGCAGUGGCCCUUCCAGUACUGUCUCCAGUGCAGGCCCAUCCUCCCCAACCUCUGUGGACAACUGUGCUCGUUUCAGCUUCACUGAGAAACUGUCCAUCAGUCCCCCCAAAAGCGAGGAGCAGCUGACUAGCCAGUCCCCUGAGCAAGAAGAGGGGGAGCCACCAGACAGACGCCUCGAUGUGGAGGUGGGGACGUCGGGGUUGUCGGUGGCAGAGCCAAGGGCCCUGGACGCCCUGACCUGGAAUAAGGGCCCGGAGCCAGACAACAGCCUGGAGCCCGGCAAGAAGCAGCUGGUGGAGGAGGACUCUAACCCAGAGGAGAAGAGCAUGGUGGAGCUGGAUGAAGAAGAAUCAUCUGGGGAAAUGCUAGAACCAAGUAACACAGGGAACCCAGGGUGUGGUGCAGGGUCUGAUAUAAGGCUGGCUGGGCAGAGAGAGAAGCCGGGUGACGGAUAUAUGGGGGAAAUGACUGGCCUGGAUCAGUCAGGGCUCUCCAAGGAGAUCUUGGUGUCCUGCAAAGAGGAGCUGCUGGGAGAGGUGUUGGACCCAGAGCAUCUGGGCAAAGAGCUGCUGGGGGACAAUGCUCUGCCAGGCCAGCUUCUGUUGGGUCGCCCGUGCCGGGUGCAGCCAUUGCCUCCUGAGAAAAGUGUGGAGGAGCUGCAGCCACUGUGUCCAGAGGGUCAACAGAAUUAG